CAAGUUUUGUUUCGCCCAGCCCUAUAAAAUGAAGCGUUAAAAUAUGAAUUCCGGAAGUGUGAAUAUAGUUUUUUUUUUAUUUUGAAAUCCACCAUAGGAUGUUUGUACAUCAGUAUGGGUUGGAGACUUGACACCGGUCUUCCAGACAGAGUAACGGUAGCUGUUGUCUCAGUUUGUUGAUGUCUGCUGCAGUCGAUCGGUAGAUAUAGACGGGGUUCUGCUCAUUGUUUCAGGCGAGUCGUGUGUCAGUAAAUGAAGCUAGCCAGCCAGCCAGCUAGCUAGCUAGCUUACAUGGGUUUUCGAGUUAAAAGAUGAUCGCCUCACUGUCUAGAGGAAGUUUGCUGGAUGAGGUUCUUCACGGGGGCUUUAACGAGCAGCAGCUGGCAGCAUAUGUUUCCUGGGUGAACUCUCAGCUGAAGAGGAAAGCAGGCCUAAAGCCUAUCACAGACCUCAGACGUGACCUGCAGGAUGGUGUGGUCCUCACACAACUAAUAGAGAUAGUUGCUGGGGAGGUGCUGGACGGAGUGUAUGUGGCUCCACAAAACAAAGAGGAAAGCAGGAAGAAUGUGGAACAAGUCUUGCAGUUUAUUUCCUCCAGACAUAUACGUAUGUCACACAUAUCGGCCAGAGACAUUGUUGAUGGUAACCUGAAGGCUGUAAUGAGGGUAAUUCUGGCCCUGGCUGCCCAUUUCAAACCUUCAGCCAAUCAUAAGACUGCUGCUGGAAGCGGGAGGAGCUCGACAAGGGGCCAUGCCAUCCACAACCCUUUUACCACUGUUGCACUAGCACAAGAUGCCGCUGCUGCACUGGCUUCAGCACGGCUUGAUGCCUCACAGCCUGCACGUGUCACACAUAGCCACGGUGGCUGUGGACUGGAUGUGGAAAAGAGUGUGUGUGUUCGUGCAUUGGUUGAGCAAUAUGAAAGAGGAGCUCCAGAUGAGCAGGACAGUCAUCUGCCUAACAGCUCUGUCAGUCCUCUGUCCUCUUCUGGAGCUCCACCCAGCAGCCAGUCAUACAGACAGCAGGAAGAUCAUCAACAGCGGGAGAGCUACGGUGAUGUCGUAGUGGAGACGGCAUGGGAGGAUUCUCUUAGUGAAACUUUGGAGAAGGAGGUGCAUGAGACACGUAAAAUGGUGUCUGCUUUACAGGCCCUGUUGCUGCAUGGUUCAGUGCCUGAGGAUGAGCAGGAUGUAUCUUUGACUUUCGACCAAGGCAGUGCUGAACAGCAGAUGGUAGUCAUUCGCAGUCGUUUGGAUCAGAGUAUGGAAGAGGCUCUGGAACUGAAGAGGGAGCUGCUGCGCUGUAAGGAGGAGAUGAGAAACCUGCAGGGAAUCAAAGAUGCCCAGCAGCAGCGGCUGUGCACUCAGGAAGCAUCAAUACUGCAUUUGAAGCAAGAGCUUCUCAGAGUCAACAUGACGAAACAUGAACUCAACAACCAGAAUGCAGAUCUACAGUGGAAGCUGGAGGAAGGUAACCGGCUGUGGGGAGAAUGCAAGAAGGAGAUGGGACAGAAGGACAGACUGCUGCAGCAACUCAAACAGAAGUUUGAAGAAAGCCAAAAACAGCAGAGUGACAUGCACAGAGAGUUGGUGCAUAAAAACAGCAUGCUGCAGGAGCUCAUUAAAAGAGGUCUGCAACAGAUUCCCACGGGCACAGAAAACAAUGGAUAUUCUUACGCUGGAAAUCCAGCACCCUCUAUGUCAGGAGCAGAGGAGGUUCAGAUACUCAGAGAUGCACUUAGGAGUUUGAGGAAUAACUUUAGAGACCACGACCCACAGCACCAUACACUGGACACCUUGGAGCAGGGCAUAGUGUCACUCAUUGACAGACUGCAUGUUCUGCAUACACACAAGGGAAGGGGGAAAUCUCCAGGACGCAAAGGUCAGCCCAUAGACUCUGACUCCUGGCCAUGUACACAAGCUUCUCAAUCCCACAGUGGUUCUUCUGCCUCUACUAAAAUUCUUUAUUUCACUGGAAAAUCCCCAACACCUUCCAUGAUUAUUAUACCGAAGAGGCUGGGUGAGGUGACGCUCAAGGAUGUUAAGGCAGCUGUGGAUCGAGAGGGAAACUACAGGUACCACUUCAAGGCCCUGGACCCCGAGUUUGGCACUGUGAAAGAAGAGGUAUUCCUGGAUGGAGCUAUUGUUCCAGGCUGGGAAGGAAAAAUAGUGGCAUGGGUAGAAGAGGACCGUGGUGAGGAAAGGCCAUUGUAGGUUCAAGCUAAGGGACCAUGGCACUUUUUGGGUUUGGUCCUAGUUGCUCUGAUCCCAGAGGCACAUCGAGACAACUGUUCAGAAUAGAGGCAAAAAUGGACACUUCAAUAUUCAAUUUGUUAGCAAAGAAAGACUUGUUAGCAAAAGAUUUGGGUUGCGUGGCUGGUACUAUACCACACUGAUAGCCUCGCUCACUUGUGAAGCUGUAAAUCUGUGACUGGUGUAUAGAAUAUACUAAAGCUCAGUGCCUUUCAAAGGAAAGCUGUUUUAUUGUGUGCUUAUUAUUGCUAGACUAACUGUAGCAUCAAAACUGGACUCAAAGGUAGUCAAAUAUUAUUUUGAAUGAUGUUUUUAUAAAAACACAGUAUAGUGUACUUGUUUUAUAGCUAGUUGAGGCACAAGUUUGUAUGAGGAUUUGGAAAACAUUUACAGUCAUUUCCAAGUGUUCAGUAUCACUUUUAAUUUAUUGGGCAUUAAUGCUAUAUUUAAAGAAAUACCACCAGAUUACAUGUUAUAUAAUGCCUGUCAAUCUGUAUUAUAAAUGUGAAGUGAAUAUACAGUAUUAUUUCAUAGCAAGAAAAAUCUGGUUUAGAAAUAAAUAUCACUUCUAUAAUGCGUAUGUAUUUCAAAACGACAGGAAAAGGGUCAGACCAGACUUGUACAAAAUUCAUUUUAUUUUCGUGUUGCACAAGGUUUGUCUAUAGUGUGACGUGCUGGAAAAUACACUGACCUGAUACCAGCUAAUAUUAGCUUAACUAUACUGUAUAAUACAACAGUAAAAAAUAACAAUAAGAUAAAAUAUCACAAUGACAUUGGAAUAUUUUUCAAAGUUAUCAGGGGUAGACCCAAAUAUAUAUGUGGGCCUAAGUGUGAGUUUGUAGCUCACCAGCAUGUAAACAGGACUCACCUGUAGCAACAGCAUUUCCCCAGUUGGGCCUAAAUACGGAGUGCAGCCACAAAAAAAGCAGUGUGUGGCUCAUUUUUACACAUCAUAAACAGUUGGAUUAUUAUUACUGUAUGGUUUAUUAUUUCAUCGAGCUAGGGGUUCAAUUGACUUUUUACAUGUUUUUCAAAUGUGCCACUCCUCUCUGAGUCUGUGCCCCAGCCUGGCCACCCUACCCAAUAUUUUCUAGAUCUGUCCUGGCCGAUGCUGAACUGCUGCCUUUGAAUAGAGACGAUACUGCAACCUCAUUGUUCAUGUAGAAAUACAGAUCCACAGUUAUUUUAUGUUAUAAAACUGUUUUGUGUAGUUGCAUAAAAUAUUUCCACCAUAUCCUUAAAUUUUUGAAGUUUAUGAGCCUUUUUGUUCAGGGAUUCUGGUGAGGUGAGAAUGCAUCCUGUUAAAAAUAUGCAAUGUGAACUGGACUUAAAGUGAACCUUUGCCCUGGAAUAGUAGGCAAACUCAUUAUUUAUAGUGUGUGGGUGGGUGCAUGUGUAUCUGUGGACUGAAACUGGCAAUCACACAAAUGUUUUCCUUAACACUUCUUCUGUCUUCCCAUUUGGGAUCAAUGUAUUUGCCUUAACAUGCCAAGAGAAAUAUGCAUCAGUUUUACAUUUAACAGAGACUCAUUUGAUGCCAUAACUGACUGUACUGUAAAAUAUACAAUUUGCUGGUGAGAUGGUUAUUCAAUGUUUGUUUUUGUUUACUGAAUUGUUAUUUUAUUUUAUUUUUUACAAAAUAUGUAUAUGGGCUGUUAAAAAUAAAAGUGGCCUUUGUUGAAUCUUAGA